UGCUGCUAUAUUUUGAGAACAUACCAGCAGGCUUGUGGAGGUUGGGAUCGUGACAUGGGUAACUUAGAAAAGCUGGUGUAUGACAGUUCGAAUAUUCUAGAGCGUGGAGGAGGUGCUGCUGGAUGGAAGAACGAAGAUGUAGAAGACAAGAAAUCCCUGGAGGCAUCCAAACUUCUGGACAAGAUGCUGGGGGAUCUGGAGAGACGCCGUGUGAUGAAAGGAAAGACUCUGCUGAAGGCUGAGUUUCCCGGAGGAAGCAGUGGUUCUGUGUCAGCCUCUGCUGCAGGAGGGGAAGCGAUGCCAGUCACAGGAGGAGAGCAUUCUAGAAAGGCUUCUCCGGCAGCUUGGCUUCAUGAAGAUUUGCAGUCUCUGGAGCCUCCUGCAGGUGUGUCUGCAAGGAGGACUUUUCAAGGUACUUUGCUGGUUGCUCCACACAAGCUUGGCUCCCAUCACAGGGGUCUGCUGAGAGGGAGUAACAAACUUAAAGGAGACAGUAAGUUCCUGGAGACAUCCAAAGACAUGGACAAGAUGCUGGGGGAUCUGGAGAGACGCCAUGAGAUGGACCGAAAGUCUUUGCUGAAGGCAGCACUUUCUGGAAGAAGCACUGGCUCUGUGCCAGCCCCUGGUACACGAAGGGAGGAGAUGCCAGACAGCGCCACAGAAGAUGUUAUCACUGAAACAGGAAUAUAUGCUCAGGAUCCAGUGCACCUUCCGAGAAUUGUCUGCCCCCAGGAUGUGCGCAGGUCCUGCAUGAUAGGCACAGUAGUGACAAUCUUCACUGCUCCAGUUGUUCUGGUCUGCGGCUAUUUUGGGAUUCGGAAGCUCUAUGAGAUGAGACGAAUGAUCAAACCUACGUUGGUUUGAUGUGACCAACAGAAGAGUUUUGCUUUGUUUUUAAUUCAAACAAGGAGCAGAGCUGGAACCUGUUGAAAAGAGUCUCUUCAUAGCUAAAGCAAACUGCCGGGGUUCUUUUUUUUCCAGCUCUGGGCAGGUAUAUAAAAUUAUUUCAAGAGCAAAUACUUGUGUAAAGUAACUGAUAUAAAUUAGGGAUUUGGUGUCUUUGCCCCCUAACCUCGGAGUGCCUCAGAGCUGCAGCUCCCUGUUCUCUUUGCAGACAGAGGCUGGCUAUGGAUGACAGUCAUGUGCCUACCCUGGUGCACACCAGGUCCACACAUGAGCUAAGGAAUUAUCCUUGCACACUCCAUCCUGGAAGAACCAAGUUCACUUAUGAAUGUGACACAAUUUAAUUGCAUGGCAGCAAAAAAACCAAACCGAAACAAAAAAACCCAUGCAAAAUAAAGGUUAGAACUGGUUCCAUUCCAAACACUUUACAUUUUGCUGUGUGUAAUGGAGAUAGGAAUUACAUGUUUCCUAUUCAAGCACAUUUUGCUGUCUGACAGCCCACAGUCCUCAAAGUCACGGGGGCUUGCAGAGCUGUGUCUGAGAUGAUUUUAAGAAAAAAAACAAGUGCAACACCUGUCUUCAAAACUUUCCAACACAAAUCACAAGCUGAUUCCUCCUGUUAACUGGAAAAAAAUCCCCAACCAAAUAACAAAAUCAAAACUGUGACCCAACAAAACAGGCAAAUAAAACAACAACCAAGAAAAAGUCAGAACCAAUACAAAUACUCCCACAAAUCCAGAAAACUAUAAAAAUCAGGUGAAGGAGGCUGCGAUCAAAGAGCAACAAAUGGGCAAAGGAACUACAGAAAGGACAGAUAAUUAGAAAGGACAGGUAGUCGGUGGCUAUGGCACCAAACUAGCCAGGGGCUCUGAGAUACAGUUCUCAUCCUUCUGAAAACAAAGUAAACAGAAAAAAAAUUAUGAUGAUUGUGAAAUGGGACUCUGUAUUUCACAAUGCAGAGCUUUAAUAUAUCCAUUUAGCUUUAAUAUAUCCAUUGUGUGUAAGUUCUGUUUUCCUGUCCAAACAAAAACACUGUAG